AUGAGCUCCAGAGACCCACCCAACGUCCUGGCUGCUACUGAAUGUUCCAAGCCACGGGGUCAGAUCCGACCUAUCCCAAAAUGGGUAGAAAAGCUGCCAGGCAGCAUCGAGCAUUGCCUGCUGGCCAGCUCGGCUGCCUUGCGCUCCCUGGGAACAGGGAGAAGCCGAGAUGUUGCCCAGACGUUGCGUAAUGAAGAGCGCCUAAAACCAGACACCCAGAUGAACGUGAAGUUCGGUAGCUCAGAUGACAGCGUCAACGCCUGCGUAGACGUGGUUCUGUCUGGUGUGAAGUUGUUAGAAGCACUCGGUCUUGAACCUGGGGAUGGAAAAAAUCAUGCAGUCUUGAACUCCAGACAGGACCUGAAAGAAGCAUUCACUCACUUCAUGGAAAAAGGGGCAGCUGCCGAGCGCUUCUUCAGCGACGCCGAGUCUUUCCAACACAUUGCGCGGACAGCCUCCGAGUACCCUGGUGCGCAACUUUACGUAGGAGGAAAUGCUGCUCUCAUUGGUCAGAAGCUGGCAACAAAUCCAGACCUGAAGAUCCUCCUUUGUGGCCCAGUUGGUCCUAAACUCCAUGAACUACUUGAUGACAAUGUGGUUGUGCCACCUGAAUCCAUGCAGGAAAGAGAUGAAUUCCACCUUAUCUUGGAGUAUCAAGCAGGUGAAGAGUGGGGACAAGUGAAAGCACCCAAUGCCAACCGCUUUAUCUUCUCCCACGACCUGUCAAAUGGCGCCUUAAAUAUGCUGGAAGUGUUUGUGUCCAGCUUGGAUGAAUUUCAGCCAGAUCUUGUGGUACUUUCAGGACUUCACAUGAUGGAAGGCCAGAGCAAGGAGAUGCGACAGAGACGACUUAUGGAGGCUGUGGCCUCCAUUUCCGAUAUCCCCACUGACAUUCCCAUACACCUGGAGUUGGCCAGUAUGACUGAUCAGGAUUUUAUGAGCAACAUUAUGCAUCAGGUCUUUCCCCUGGUGAACUCCAUUGGGCUGAACGAGCAGGAGCUGCUGUUCCUCACGCAGUCUGCCUCUGGUCCCCACGCCUCCCUUGCCUCCUGGAGCGGAGUUCCCGACGUGGGUGUAGUCAGUGACAUCCUCUUCUGGAUCCUGAAGGAGCACGGGAAGACAGCGGAGCAGGCCUCUGACCUCACACGGAUCCACUUCCACACCCUGGCCUAUCAUAUCGUGGUCACAGUGGAUGGCUACUGGGGCAAUCAGGUUGCUGCUGUGGCUGCCGGAGCUAGAGCAGCAGGGACUCAGGCCUGUGCGACUGAAACCAUUGAUACCAGCAAGGUCUUCCUUAAAGCUCCUUUGGAGUUUGUGACCUCCCAGAUAGAGGCACCUUCCAAAAUCUCUUUAAAUCCAGAUGAGCCAGUGGUGCAUUGGCACAGAGAAGGCAUCUCGUUCCAUUUCACUCCUGUUUUGGUGUGUAAAGAUCCUGUCCGGACCGUGGGACUUGGGGAUGCUAUCUCAGCCGAAGGACUGCUAUACUCAGAAGUAUAUGCUCAGUAG